GAACAGAAGGGCAACGAAAUUUGAAUGAACAAGGGGAUAGACGGGAGGAGGGUCGAGAAGAGGACGCGCAAUGGAAAGCAGCAGGGAAACAGAAAGCCCAGAAAAUAAGUAUCAAAUACCCACUGCGUAAGCCCAAUAGAACUCCAAAUGUCAGAAAGCUCAGAAGAUCAAAUAGCCACUGCUAAACACCAACCGAACUCCAUAACUUCAGAUAGCCACCGCGUGACCCCGACAAAACUCCAAAUGUCAGAAAGCCAUACCAACUCCAACAAGCAACAGCCAACAGCCAACACCAACACCAAAGAUUGGAAUAGAUAUAAAAAGAAACAAAAGACUGCACUCAAUCGGUGCACCUGUGCGUUGACAUGUCAGUGACACCUAUGAUCGGUGCUAUCAUAAAGUUGCGCGUCUUGUUCUCUUCGGUAGGUUUGUCACCUCAUCCCAUCGUCC